AUGAGGUGCUUGUCGUGUGGCAGUGCUGUCGGCAAGGCCCAUCAGGUGCAGUCGUGUGGCAGUGCUGUCGGCAAGGCCCAUCAGGAGGUGUCUCGAUGCACUGAUGUUGGCAAGGACCAUCAAGUGCAGACGAGAGGCCGUGCGUUCGGCCAGACCCGUCAAGUGCAGACGAGAGGCAGUGCGUUCGGCCAGGCCCGUCAAUUGCAGACGAGAGGCAGUGCGUUCGGCCAGGCCCGUCAAUUGCAGACGAGAGGCAGUGCGUUCGGCCAGGCCCGUCAAGUGCAGAAGAGAGGCAGUGCGUUCGGCCAGGCCCGUCAAGUGCAGACUAGAGGCAGUGCGUUCGGCCAGGCCCGUCAACUGCAGACGACAGGCAGUGCGUUCGGCCAGGCCCGUCAACUGCAGACAAGAGGCAGUGCGUUCGGCCAGGCCCGUCAAGUGCAGACGAGAGGCAGUGAGUUCGGCCAGGCCCGUCAAGUGCAGACCAUAGGCAGUGCGAUCGCCCAGGCCCAUCAAGGUCAGACCAUAGGCAGUGCGUUCGGCCAAGCCCAUCAAGGUGAGACCAUAGGCAGUGCGUUCGGCCAAGCCCAUCAAGGUGAGACCAUAGGCAGUGCGUUCGGCCAGGCCCAUCAAGUGUAG